AUGUAUACAUACGAAAAAAAAAGGAGCGAUUACGGCAAACAAUGUCGAUUCCACAACAACGGACCCACAGUGUUGGUAAAUAUGAUGCCUGACCCCAGUCUGGAGGAGGAUUGGAUACAGAGGAAUCCAGUUGACAAGACCACCAACGAAACCAACAAGUGGUCGGAACACGAGGCCAAUACGAAACGAGUGAAGUUUGUUGAUCGAGGAAUUUUACAUGGGGAAGGCGGCUGGCCGGUCGACAUACACCUAGACGAUCCGGAACAAGUGUCUAGAUUUCGGAGGAAAGCGGAAAAGGACAAAUUGUAUUUACAAUCGGUUAAGAAAAUGUCAAUUCUCACCGAACACUUCAUAAAACAAAAUAACGCAAUAGAUAUAUUUCAACCGUACUUUACUGAACCGAAAUGUCAAGAUUUUCAAACACUAGUUCCGUCUUAUCAGACAAUGGCGGUAAUCGUAGACCCCUGCGUUCCAAAGAGACCGAUUCAAAACAUAUCUUGGUCAGUGGAGCAGAGCUCUCUGAUCGCGGUGAGUUACGCUGACAAGAAAUUCCAGAUGGCCAAUCUAGAAAACAGUCCAAACUCCUACGUAUUCGACACGGAGUUGUUUACCGUUCCAUAUUUUACAAUGGAGUCACAAUACCCGAUCACCAGGGUCGAGUUCCACCGCAGGGACGGGCAACUGCUAGCGGGAGGCUUGAUGAACGGACAGGUCGCGUUGUGGGACAUGCGAACAGGUUCCACAAACAUCGGUAUUAGUAAUAUAAGAAGUGGGCAUCGUAACUUUAUCCUUAGUCUCGAAUGGAUUCAAUCAAAGACCAACUCAGAAUUUUUGACAGGAUCCAGUGAUGGCCAAAUAAUGUGGUGGGAUACCAGAUACCUCUCAGAACCCACGGACGUAUUGCUCUUAGAUUUAUUGAAGACCGAUGUCGAAGAUGAACCGGAAUGGCUACAGUGGGGCCGGUCCCACGGAGUCACUUGCAUAGAUUACCAUUUUUCGAUUCCAAUUCGCUUCAUGAUUGGCACGAGUACUGGACACGUGUUUGAUGGCAACCGUAAGGGCAAAACGGUGUUAGAAAAAAUACCAUACACUUAUAAAUGUCAUUAUGGCCCGGUGUAUUCAGUGCGUCGAAAUCCAGCGUUUUUAAAAACAUUUUUAACUAUUGGCGAUUGGCAGGCAAAAAUAUGGUCAGAAGAGGCAAAGGAAUCUCAGACAAUGUGGACGAAGAAUUACGAUAUGAGACUAACCGAUGGCCAAUGGAGCAAUUCAAAGCCUUCAGUAUUCUAUACGGCCAGAGCCGAUGGGUUCAUGGACUGUUGGGAUGUCUUACAGCAACAACUAAAACCGAUACUUUCUAUUAAGGUGUCUGACAAUAGGUUAAAUUGUAUUAGCUGCCAUGGAGACGGAGCACUGUUAGCUAUCGGAGACGAAGGUGGUAAUACACGCGUGAUCGAAAUGAACGAUUGGUUUGUGACUCCCGGACCAUUCGAUAGAGCGCGGUUGACAGCUAUGUUUGAGCGGGAAACCAAGCGAGAAAAAUUAAUAGAAGCUAAGAUCCGUGAACAUAAAACUAAAAUGCAGAACAAAUUGCCAGACAGAGUUGAUAAUUCCAAGGCGAAAGUUGAAUUAGCGAUCAAAGAAAUUGAAAGAGAACUAGCUGAAGUCGUUGACAGAGUGUGCAACAAUCCCAUUGAUGAAAUGACUGAGAAUGAUAUAAUGGAAGAAUUUAAAACUGAAGAAUAA